CCACAUUUGUGGUUGACGGCCGCAGGGGGGCGUGUAUGUAUGUCUGCGAGCGCACGACCAUCGUCAUCGAAAAUCCCCUGAUUAUGGUCACAGGUCCCGGCUCAGUCGCGGAGAGCCGUCGCCAUCCGCCUCUUUCCCCCUUGCCCGGUCCCGCAUGGCGUCCCUGCUGCCGCUCAUCUCGGAGCUGCUGCCCAUGAUCCUCCCCGCCGAGACGCACAUCACCAGGGCGGAGCAGCUGGCCCCGAGCCACCCGACCGUCGAGGGUCCCGUCACGUCGCGGCCGGCUGUCGUGGGCCGGUGCGACAAGAUGUGCGCUUCUGUGGUGACGGCGCGCCCCAAAUCGUGCUCGUCCGUGAAGCAUAACAGCGAACAAGACGCCAUCAUCUACGCCGUGUCAGGGACUGGCAUCCUCGUCGUCAACGAAGGAAGCUUCAGUAGUGGCGGCUUAGACGGCGCCGUGGACAAGGAGAGCGAUAGCGCGGCCGAGGAGGGCGCAGAUGGCAACCGACUGCGACGACACACGCUCCGGCCGGGGGACUUUGCCUUUGUGCCGGCGUGGACGGAGCACCAGGUCCGCAACGAAGCGGGCGACGAGGACGUGGUGUGGGUGGUUGUCCAAGGCGGAUCGCGGCCCGUGGGCGCGACCCUGGCGGGUUGGGGAGGCGAUGAGGUCUCUGCGGAAGGCUAAGUGAGUGGGUGAGUAAGUUAGUAUUUACUGCUUACCAAGAAAUUCACCUACUAAUUUAGUAACUUGGUAUGCAAUCCGA